GCCCCGAAGCACCCAGCCAAGCCGCAUGGCUGCGGGCUCUGCGGCGUCUCAGCGGCCCGAGGCGGCCUCCGAGAGGCCCGUGGCGGGUCAGGCCGGGGUCCUGCCUUGCCUGGAGCUGCCGAGCUACGCCGCGGCGUGCGCGCUGGUGGGCAGCCGCUAUUCGUGCUUGGUGGCCGCCCCGCACCGCAGGCACAUCACCCUGUCGCCCCGCUACCUGAGCAGGAAGCGCACGGGCAUCCGCGAGCAGCUGGACGCCGAGCUCCUGCGCUACUCGGAGAGCCUUUUAGGUGUUCCUAUUGCAUAUGAUAACAUCAGAGUUGUGAAUGAACUGGGAGAUAUUUAUGAUGAUCAAGGACACAUUCAUCUUAACAUUGAAGCAGAUUUUGUUAUUUUCUGCCCUGAACCAGGGCAGAAGUUAAUGGGUACAGUUAAUAAAGUAUCUUCUAGCCAUAUUGGCUGUCUAGUCCAUGGAUGUUUUAACGCCUCUAUCCCUAAGCCUGAGCAGAUGUCAUAUGAGGAGUGGCAAACAUUGGAGAUACAUGUAGGAGAUGAACUGGAAUUUGAUGUAUUUCGCUUAGAUUCAGAUUCUGCUGGAGUAUUCUGCAUUCGAGGAAAACUAAAUACCUCAAGUUUGCAACUUAAGAGCUCUGUAGUUUCUGAAGAUGUAGCAGAAACUGUCAUUGAAGAGGUUGUUGAGAAAAUUCCAAAGAAGAAAAAGAAGAAGAAAGACAAAGAUAGAGAAACAUAUGGAACAGUCGAUAGUGUUACAGAGGUAGCAGAUGUUACAGAUGUCACUCCAAAGGACGAAGCAGACAUACCAUGCAGUGAUAAUGUGAAUGACUUCUUUGAGGAAGAGCCAAAGAAGAAGAAAAAGAAGAAAAGGCACCAGGAAGAUCAGGACCCCAUUUUCCAAGCCAGUGACUCCAGUGGCUACCAAAGUGACCAUAACAAGAAAAAAAAGAAAAGAAAGCACAGUGAAGAGGCUAACUUUGAGAUACCUAAGAAGAGACAGUGAUUGUCUUUUCUAUUGUUAACACAUUCAGAUACACAAAUGAAUAGAAUUUUUGAAUGGUAGGAAAUGCUUAUGGGACAUUCACAAACAAAUACUUGAUUGGGUUUUGUACUAAAUCAUACAACUGAUAAAUACAUUUUGGAAAAUACCAGUAUUAUUAAAGUAUUAUUUUAUUACAGUUCAGUGGAAAAUGUUAACAAUUGCUUUCACUCCUGACUCAUAUUGUUAAUGCUCUACAUAAAGUUUUAAAUUCUCAGUAUUUGCCAAAGAACUUUAUAAUAUUUUCAAUUUUUUUUCUGAUAAUUUUGUUUUUAGCCAGAACAUCUUUUCUUAAAGCUUAAUAUGUUUACCAGGUUUAAAUUUUCCUUAAUUAGUAUUUCUAUUUACUUAGCAUGCAUAGCUAAAGAAGGUUAUCUAGAACCCUUAUAUACCCUGUGGCUGUCUGUUGAAUGUAUGGUGGGCAGAAAACUCAUUGUCCCCUCCCUGAAGGGGUGUGCGUGUGUUCUUUGAAUUCUGAGACUGUAAUGGGAGGGCUGUUAGUUUUUACUUUGUGUUCCAGUAGUCUUCAUUUCAUUAUAUAUGCAUCAUGAGCAAGAUGAAGAAAGGGUAAAUGUGGUUCUUGCUAGUUGAAAAUCUCUAGUUAACUUUUUAAUGAUUGGGGUAGUCUACUAGACUUGCUUUGAGGAGGAGCUCCACAGUCAUUGUUUUUAUUGAUAAAAAUGUGGGAUGUGCUAUGCCUAACCAGAAGGUUGUAAUGAGGAUAAGCUGGUUGAGGCUCAUAAUCAGUCCAUAGCCAGGCAUUUACAGGCACUUAAUAUCUGUAGUAUAUUUUAUUGAAGCCAAAGGAUAUAAAGUCAAUCAAGAUAGUAUAGUUCCUUCCUCCAUGAAGCAACAUGGGAAAAACACUUGUGUACACACGGCCUAAGUGAGGAAAUAAAACAGUAUUUGUAGUAAAUACCGUGAAGAAAACAUCGACCACUCUUUAGUUAGUAUCUGGAAAUGUACAGGGGUAGGGUUGACCUUCCCAUGUCAGUCAUUUCUUUUGUCACUGACUGGCAGACAUAGUGUGAUUGUCAGUUUAAUGUUUCAUAAGGAAUACAUUUUGGCAACCAUGUUUCUUGACUUAAUCUAUGGUAUAUAGAGCAUAAGGAAUGACAGCAAUUUAAUAAGUACAGGUAGAUAAAUAACCAGCAUCUUUCAUUCAGGAUACUUGAAAUUUUUAGGUGGCUUUCAGGUCUCUUCUUAAACCGUGACUAUUCUAAAUUGACAUGUGUUGUCUGUCAGUACAAAAUAUGAGAUUUAAAAUUAAAGAUGUUAAAAAAAAAAAGCAUACCCCAAUACUGUUGUCUUUCCCUCCUCUUCCCUUAUCCCUCCUGUUUUCAUACCUACCCCCUCCCCCACCCACUUUCCUCCCUCCAUUCACCCUUGAUGUCUAUUAAAAAACUGGGUAUAGACCUAAACAAAAUUCUUGGCAGGAAUCUCUAAUGGCGGAGAAACACUUAAAGGAAUGUUUAACAUCCUUAGACAUCAAGGAAUUGUAAAUCAAAACAACUCUGAAAUUCCAUAUUAUACCCGUCAAAAUGGCUAAGAUAAAAAACUCAAGCAACUGCUCAUGCUGAAGAUAUGGAUCCAGGGGAACGCUCCAUUGCUGGUGGGAGUCCAAACCUGUACAGCUGCUUUGGAAGUAAAUUUGGUAGUUUCUCAGAAAACUGGGAAUAGAUCUACCUCAAGUCACAGCUCUGGGGCGUAUACCCAAAAGAACCUCUACUAUCCCACAAAGACAUUUGCUCAACUGUGUUCAUAGCAGCUUUAUUCAUAAUAGCCACAAACUGGGAACAACCCAUAUCUUUCAACCGAAGAAUACAUAAAGAAAAUAUGGUUCAUUUACUCAAUGGAAUAGUACUCAGCUAUUAAAAACAAUGACAUCAUGAAAUUUGCUGGCAAAUAGAACUAGGAAAGAUCAUCCUGCGUGAUGUAACCCAGACCCAGAAAGACAAACAUGGUACGUGCUCACUUGCAAGUGGAUUUUCGCCAUAAAAUACAGGAUAACUGCUAUAAACCACAGACCCCCAAAGAAGCUAAAUAGCAUGGAGGGCCCAAGGGGUCGACGCUUGAAUCUCAUUAAGAAGGGGAAGUAGAAAAUUUAACUUUUUUUGCUUGGUGAUUUAAGUUAAAAUAUUAAUUUUA